ACGAAACACCUCCAUCCGUCUCCGACCUGUACAUUCUGUCGUAGUUUACAUGCUCGCAUUUUGAAAUACACUUCACCAUGUUAUCAACGUAAUAGUAUAUUCAGGAUAUGGGGGCAUCCGCGAGGACAGACAAAUGUCAGCUUGCCCCACAUUUCUUAAAUUCAAUCGACUUUUUAACUGUUAUCUGUACCCUACGCAAGUACUUCCUCAUAGCAGAUAGAGACUGCAGACUGGAGUGAUCGGAUUGAGAGACAGAUUCACGCUUCUCUCUUCGGCUCCUGAAGUAUUGGUUUACUUCUGUGGCACGUGCAUUGCCAAAGAAACGCAUGACGAGUUUGCAGUCUGUUCCAGUGUAGACCAGAAGCAAGGGCUGAACGCGCAUACGCUCCACUGUCAAGUGCUGUUUCCUGGUUGUGACGUCACGCGCACGGCGAGCAGACGGCAAGCGAGUCGCACAGCAUCUUUCAGCGUUUGGAUUUUCUGGAGAGGAAAAAGGGAUUAUUUCUUUCCUACCCGUGUUGGAUUACCACCCCAGGUUGUGUGUAGGCCUUAACCCACGGGAUGGAGGGCGGGGGAGAUGCGCCACCCUCGGGAGCGGAUUAUGUCAAGUGCGUCGUUGUGGGGGACGGUGCUGUGGGCAAGACGUGUUUACUCGUUAGUUACACCACGAACAAAUUCCCCACCGAUCAUGUUCCGACUGUGUUCGAAAAUUAUGCAGUGACGGUGACGGUGGACGGACAGCCAACGGUGCUUGGCCUCUACGACACCGCGGGGCAGGAAGAAUACGACCGCUUGCGUAUCCUCGCUUACCCAGACACCAACGUCUUCAUCGUGUGCUUCUCCGUCGUCAACCCCGCAUCUUAUGAGAACGUGGAGGAGAAAUGGAUACCGGAAGUGCGUCACUACCGGCCCCGAACGCCGGUCCUCCUCGUAGGAACGAAAAAGGACUUACGAGAGGGCUACAGCGACGACAUUCAGCAGCUACAGCGUGAUGGACAAAAUCCAAUCACAUUCCAGCGUGGCCAGAGGUUAGCCAGUCGAAUGAAUGCUGUCGGUUAUGUGGAGUGCUCAGCUCUCACGCAGGAUGGACUGAAGGAUGUUUUCGAGGCGGCCAUUAACGCGGCCAAGAAGUACAAUACGUCUGGUUCAGGAUCUGGCAAAAAGCCGUGGUGUGUCAUGUUGUAACUGCGCAUCCGGGUGUGUCAUGUUGUAACUUCGCAUCCGGGUGUGUCAUGUUGUAACUUCGCAUCCGGGUGUGUCAUGUUGUAACUGCGCAUCCGGGUGUGUCAUGUUGUAACUGCGCAUCCGGGUGUGUCAUGUUGUAACUGCGCAUCCGGGUGUGUCAUGUUAAAACUGCGCAUCCGGAUGUGUCAUGUUAAAACUGCGCAUCCGGGUGUAUCAUGUUAAAACUGCGCAUCCGAGUGCGUCUUGUUAUAACUGCGCGGCCGGGAUUGCCAUGCUAUAACUGCGCGGCCGGGUUGAUUCCAGAUUGCGGCUACAAACUAUAUCAAUCGUGAUACAUAAUAUCUGUCGUAAGGACAACAUCCAUGCACAUGAUAAGGUGACACUGUAUGGUCCAACAGCGGCGACCUGUCAGAACACAUCAGUAAACCACUGCCACGAGUGACCCAGUGUAUGAACAGCGCAUUAUAACCGUGGACUGGGCAGUGCUGUACCCCGUCGAAGCUACAGGAAGUCGGCAUGUGCGCGCCCACCCAGUCAGGGCGGUCACGUGUCUUGUAUUUGCUUGCAUCAAGGGCAUCAAGAGCUUUGAGUUGUUUUACAAUGUAUUUAUUAUUUCAGGUAGUUGUUAUAUAACUUCAUAUGCCUAUCAAAUGACAUUGCAGGUUAACCCUAGUUAACUUCGUACCAAAAGGGCACACAAUGUCACCUGUUGGCUUCGGUGGUACCACAUAACACAUAUUGUAGGUUAACCUUUGCGCUGGACUUUUGAUACGUUGGGAUAUUACUGUGUAACCUAUAAUAUAAAGAGGUAAUUAAUUAUGUUCGUACAAUCGAUGCUCGUGUGUUGCAGGACCAAACAAUCAUGCAUUGACUUCAUCCAAAACACGGACUUACGUGAGACCAAAGACUUAGAGAGAUGUAUACGCGUCUUUGGUGAGAUUAACAUGAUAGCUAUUGGCAGGGAGGCAUUAUAGCAUAAAACAGCGACCAAGGAUGUGCAAGAACCAUUUUACCAGGUGCGGACUGGGCUCAGCACUUGAGGCGUUAAUUAAACCACAGCAACGCUACAUUUUGGUGGUUUGAAUAGCUUACUCCACAGACAAACCUAUUUGAGCCACAGUGACAAACGAUAGCAUUAACCCACCGUACUCUUAAAGGUUUAACCAAACCAAACACCGGCGGUGUAGGAACUGUUGAGAUUACCUCUAUUUGCCGACAUCGGCUGUUUAAUCAGUGAAAGGGUUAACCUAACAUGCCUUCAUCGGUUGUGUAGCAACUGAUAGGGUUAACCAAGCAUGGCGAUAUUUGCUCAGCUGACCUCGGUCAUCACGUGAUCAUGCCCACAGAUGUGGUGCCACUCAGAUUAUUAUCAUUUAUGCAAAUGUAUACAUUUAAUACAUCCAUGCAGCGUGUUUGCUUGUGUUAUUUCUGUAUGUCAAUAUUGUCUCGCUAUUUCGAUGUCUCUAUAUUUACAACAGCUGUUGAUGUGGUUAUGUGACGAGCGACGAAUAACAUUUCAUGAUGGUUUGUAACAAACCGUAAAUAGGAUUUAUGACCGCUUUGUGAUUUUAUUUUGUAUGUUACGUACGUUUAUGUGAUGUACACACAAACCAAAGAAUUUAUGAUCCGUUAUAACUGAAUUCUUUCUUGCAACACUCGGCAAUAUUCCAGUAACGGGCGGGACACCAGGCAUGGGAGUGACACAGUGUGUCAAGGUGGAGAGUCGAACUCGGGCCUGGCUCCACAAAGCGAUCGUAUCACUGCAACUGUCGUCGCAAGUCCAUGUCCAAGUAUGGGAGUUACGAUCGUUUUAACGCUACGCUCGCUUUGUGGAACGGGGCGCGACGAAUGUUUCAACCACAAGGUGACCCUUUAUCCCGGAGUCUUAAUCUACACUGGUGCUCUUGGUGGACACGAUGGUCUACUCGGACAACCUUCCCUCGCAAUAUUUUACCAGCUUCGGCAACUGAGCCCACUGUCCGCGUGAACACCACCAGAUGGUGGCCUGAGCGCCUUGGCUUGGUCUUGUUGUUUAUCGAUGCACUCUGCGAUGUUAAGCAACAUUCCAGCUGUAUGACGGCUGUCUGGAUAUAGUCAGUCUGGACCAGCCAGUUCGAGGAUUGACAUAAUGAUCAUCUCCCCAAGCGUUUACGAUACGAUGACACACAAUCCACAAAGUCCCCAACCACCUGAUGCAUUGAUGUGCUUCUCUAGUAACCACCUCAGGUUGCUGGGGGCCGACUCUUAACCCGGAACACCCACGGGUGAGCCACGGCAGUAUCAUGUCAUGUCAUUCAGGUCAGUAAUAAAUGAACGUAUGCCGACAUGUUUGGGGAAUAUAUUCUUUACACCUUUGACCUACACUUUGUCCAAAUUUUACUUAUGAAACUCAGUGUUUUCAAUUUAUGUUACAGUAAUCGUGUUUUUAUGCAAGAAUUCGUCUUGAAUUGGAGUGUUAUCAAACAGGGAAAAUGUGUUCAUUACUGAAGCCACGUGAUUUUAUGACCAACAGUCGGUGUUACUUGGAGCCACGUCCCUCAUGGCGGCACAUCCGUGUUUCGUAGUUAGUCUUCAUACAUUUACAUUGUUUUAUUGCUUUAAGUGUGAUCGUUGUUGUUUAUCUUAUGUGGAAUUAUGUACACGGGAAGUCGAGAUAACAUGGGAUGACGUCACGUGAUCAUGGAAUAAAUCAUCAAUUGUU